CCAUUUUCCGUUUAUCAUUCCCCAAGAAUAUCAAAGUCUGACAGUCAGUUGUGAUCGCUGGACGACUGUUGUACGUUUUUUUUUCUAACACUAAAAAAAAGUACUAGAAAAGGGGAAAAAGCCGCAUCUCAUCGGAUUCCGGGUGAAAAUGGAGAGCAAUCGCCGAGGAAUUAAUCUUAAACAAUAACAAAUAAUAAUUUUCCACUGGGUGGUGAUCAUCAAAGAUUUAAACUGUUGCAUGGAGCAUGCUGCAAGAAUUCCUCGAUUUAACAAUUGGUUUAUUCGUGCACUUCUUUAUUGUCGGCGCUGUUUUUUGGAUAAUUCGAGUGCUUGAUCUUAUUUUCAACCUCGAUUACCCACGAAGACGUGAAAAUCGCCUUCGUAUGGUUUUUGGUGGUUUGAAGAAUUUUUUUUCUUAUUAUUUUUGGGGUACACGUUUGUGUAAGGAAGUUAGCCCAACCGAGAGUGGCCUUGAGACAAGUGAUCUAGUGAAGACAAUGGCUGAGACACCAGUGAGUUUUGUCGUUGGAGAACCUGAUCCUUCAGAGGAGUUAGAGACUGAGGACAUUUUUCCUAGUGUUGGAAAUGAUGGAACAGCACACCAACCUAUUUUGCCAGGGCUGGUUGAGCGACGUAAAAGGCUCAGGCCCAGCAUGUCUCAGGGUACAGUGAUGAUUCAGGCCCAGAGUCCAGGACAGGAGAAGGACUUCACUGUAGCAACACCCGAGGAAUUCGUUCACCGAUUCAAUGGCACUAAAGUCAUUAAUAAGGUCUUGAUCGCCAACAACGGAAUAGCAGCGGUGAAAUGCAUGCGUUCUAUUCGCCGUUGGUCAUACGAGAUGUUCAAGAACGAGAGAGCAGUUCGUUUCGUGGUGAUGGUGACACCAGAGGACCUGAAGGCGAAUGCCGAGUACAUAAAAAUGGCAGACCAGUACGUUCCAGUUCCAGGGGGUACAAAUAACAACAACUACGCGAACGUCGAGCUGAUUGUGGAUAUUGCCCUGCGAACUCAGGUGCAGGCUGUGUGGGCAGGUUGGGGUCACGCAUCUGAGAAUCCAAAGCUACCAGAGCUCCUCCACAAGAACAACAUCUCCUUCAUCGGGCCAUCGGAGCGUGCGAUGUGGGCACUAGGUGACAAGAUAGCCUCCAGCAUCGUUGCCCAAACAGCAGAGGUUCCCACCCUUCCCUGGUCAGGAUCAGAGUUGAAGGCCCAGUACAGCGGAAAAAAAAUAAAAAUAUCAUCGGAGCUCUUCAGGAAGGGCUGUGUUUCCUCAGUGGAGGAGUGUCUGGCAGCAGUGAAGAAAAUAGGCUUUCCAGUGAUGGUAAAAGCUAGUGAAGGUGGCGGUGGAAAGGGAAUUCGAAAGGUGGAGAACGCAGAGGAACUUCCGACACUCUUUCGUCAGGUUCAGGCUGAAGUACCAGGAUCACCGAUCUUCAUAAUGAAGUUAGCAAAGUGCGCUCGUCAUCUGGAGGUUCAACUCCUGGCAGACAACUAUGGAAAUGCUAUUUCUCUGUUUGGUAGGGACUGCUCGAUCCAGCGGCGGCAUCAGAAAAUCAUCGAGGAGGCGCCAGCUGUCAUAGCAAAAUCCGAGAUCUUCGAGGAGAUGGAGAAGGCCGCUGUGAGACUUGCAAAAAUGGUGGGAUACGUUAGUGCUGGCACGGUUGAGUAUCUCUAUGAUACAUCUGGUCGCUACUACUUCCUGGAGCUCAAUCCUCGUCUCCAGGUGGAGCAUCCCUGCACAGAGAUGGUAUCCGAUGUUAAUCUGCCAGCUGCACAGUUGCAGAUUGCCAUGGGACUGCCACUACAUCACAUCAAGGACAUUCGUCUGCUGUACGGGGAGAGCCCCUGGGGAGACUCGACCAUCGACUUCGAUCAGCCCAGGCACAAGCCCCAGCCUUGGGGACACGUCAUAGCUGCCAGAAUCACCAGUGAGAAUCCCGAUGAAGGCUUCAAACCCUCAUCAGGAACUGUUCAGGAGUUGAAUUUCAGAUCAUCGAAGAAUGUCUGGGGAUAUUUCUCGGUGGGGGCCUCUGGGGGACUACACGAGUUCGCAGACUCCCAGUUCGGUCACUGUUUUUCGUGGGGGGAGGAUAGAAAUAUGGCAAGGGAGAAUCUGGUGAUUGCUCUCAAGGAACUCAGCAUCAGGGGUGACUUUAGAACAACUGUAGAGUACCUGAUCACUCUUUUAGAGACUGAGUCUUUUCAGAUAAACAGUAUAGACACUGCGUGGCUGGAUGCUCUGAUUGCUGAACGAGUUCGAAGUGACAAACCUGAUGUACUUCUUGCUGUAACAUGUGGAGCACUUCAUAUCGCUGAUCGCACCAUCACUGCAGCAUUCACUGGGUUUCAAACGGGAUUGGAAAGAGGACAGAUUCAGGCGAGCAAUGACCUCAAUAAUGUCUGUGAUGUGGAGUUAAUUAAUGAUGGAUGGAAAUACAGGAUACAGACGACCAAGUGUGGCCCCAACAGCUACUUCCUGGUGAUGAAUGGGUCUUAUAAGGAAGUGGAGCUCCAUCGACUGUCUGAUGGAGGUCUUCUUCUCUCUCUCGACGGCUCUAGCUUCACGACUUACAUGAGGGAAGAGGUCGAUAGUUACAGAAUUGUCAUUGGAAAUCAGACCUGUAUAUUUGAGAAAGACAAUGACCCCUCGCUGCUUCGUGCCCCGUCUACAGGAAAACUCAUUAAUUUUCUGGUUGAAGAUGGAGGACACAUUGACGCAGGUCAGGCCUACGCUGAGAUCGAAGUUAUGAAGAUGGUGAUGACAGUAACAGCGGGCGAAUCCGGAUCUGUUUUCUACGUUAAGCGACCUGGGGCUGUCCUCGAGGCUGGAACUCUCAUUGCUCACCUGGAGUUGGACGAUCCCUCUCUUGUCACAAAGGCCCAGGAGUACACCGGACAAUUCCCACCACCAACUGUUCCAGCAGUCCCUGAGAAACUCAAUCUCCUCCAUGCCAAGUACAGAACAGCUCUGGAGAAUACCCUGGGGGGAUAUUGUCUCCCUGAUCCUUACCAUUUACCUCGACUCCGCGAGUUGAUCGAGAAAUUUAUGAGCUCUCUGAGGGAUCCCAGCCUUCCCCUUCUCGAGCUGCAGGAGGUCAUCUCGACAAUAUCCGGAAGAAUACCGAUAUCAGUUGAAAAGAAAAUCAGGAAGAUGAUGACACUUUACGAAAGAAAUAUAACGUCUGUCCUUGCCCAGUUUCCAUCACAGCAGAUAGCAGCUGUCAUCGAUGUCCACGCAGCUACAUUAUCCAAGAGGGCAGAGAGAGAUGUCUUCUUCCUGACGACUCAGGCUAUCGUUCAGCUGGUGCAGAGGUACAGGAAUGGUAUCAGAGGAAGAAUGAAGACAGCUGUUCACGAGCUGCUGAGGCAGUACUACACGGUGGAGAGUCAAUUUCAACAGGGGCAUUACGAUAAAUGCGUAUCUGCUCUGAUUGCAAAGUAUAAAGACGACAUGACGAUGGUUACUAAUACUAUAUUCAGUCAUAAUCAUGUCACCAAGAAGAAUAUUCUGGUGACGAUGCUGAUUGAUCACCUGUGGGCGAACGAACCAGGCCUGACUGACGAGCUAUCCAGCACUCUAACGGAACUGACAAAUCUCAAUCGUUCAGAGCACAGCAGAGUGGCCCUGAGAGCUCGCCAGGUUCUCAUAGCAGCUCAUCAGCCUGCCUAUGAACUUCGUCACAAUCAAAUGGAGUCGAUAUUCCUGUCUGCAGUGGACAUGUACGGCCACGAUUUCCACCCUGAGAACCUCCAGAAACUCAUUCUCUCAGAGACAUCAAUUUUCGAUAUUCUUCAUGAUUUCUUUUAUCACACAAAUCGAGCUGUUUGCAAUGCAGCCUUGGAGGUCUACGUUAGAAGGGCAUACAUCAGUUAUGAGCUGACCUGUCUCCAGCAUUUGGAAUUAUCUGGAGAAAUUCCACUGGUAUACUUCCAGUUUCUUCUACCGAGUAAUCAUCCAAAUCGGCAGAACCAGUCUCUGGUUAAUUAUAGAACUGGAGCGAUGGCAGCGUUCCACAGCCUCGACGAGUUCAGUCAGUACUCAGAUGAAGUCCUGGACCUUUUGGAGGAUCUCUCCUCCCCUUCGUCGGUUUCUGCCAAAGUCCUGGAGGCUGUGGAUGCAGCUGUCAGUGAGUCUAGACACAGUACAUCGAUAAAUGUGUCAUUGAGUCAUGCAGAGCAAGGAGCAGUGGAUUCUACAAUAGGGGAGAAACCAGGAGAGCCAGUGCACAUCCUGAGCAUUGCUGUCCAGGACAAUGGUAACCAGCAGGACGACGCCACGAUGUCCAGGCUCUUUGGUGACUGGUGUCUCACUAACAAGGAGGAACUCAUAUCCCGAGGAAUUCGUCGUGUGACAUUCGCUGCUCUCCAAAGGCGUCAGUUCCCCAAGUUCUUCACUUAUCGUCAUCGGGAUGGCUUCGUCGAGGACAAGAUCUACAGACACUUGGAGCCAGGAACAGCCUUUCAACUGGAGUUAACGAGAAUGAGAACGUACGAUCUCGAGGCGCUGCCCACAUCUAAUCAGAAAAUGCAUCUUUAUCUCGGACAGGCUAAAGUGGCUAAAGGCCAACAAGUGACUGACUACAGGUUCUUCAUUCGAUCGAUCGUGCGACACUCGGAUCUCAUCACCAAGGAGGCAAGCUUUGAUUAUCUCCAUAAUGAGGGAGAACGCGUACUCCUGGAGGCGAUGGAUGAGCUGGAAGUAGCAUUCUCUCAUCCCCUGGCGAAGAGGACAGACUGCAAUCACAUUUUCCUCAAUUUCGUGCCAACUGUCAUCAUGGAUCCAGCGAGAAUUGAGGAGAGUGUGACGAGUAUGGUUUUGAGGUAUGGACCACGUCUCUGGAAGCUGCGAGUUCGUCAGGCUGAGAUCAAAAUGACGAUCAGGCCAGCACCUGGAAAACCAACGUACAACGUUCGUCUUUGUAUUUCCAAUGACAGUGGAUACAGCAUUGAUCUACAUUUAUAUGCGGAGACAACUGAUCCCAAGACAGGCGUCAUCAAGUUCGAGUCUUAUGGCUCGAGUAAUAUAGAGACGUGGAGACCUGGUCCCAUGCAUGGACUACCAAUAUCUACGCCCUAUCUCACGAAGGAUUAUCUCCAGGCGAAGAGGUUCCAGGCACAGAGUGCAGGGACUACAUACAUCUACGAUCUUCCUGACAUGUUCAGGCAGCAGAUUGAGAAGUACUGGACUCGUUAUUUGGAGGAGAGACCUGGGGAGAAUCUAACGAUGCCAAAUCCAGUUAUAGAUUAUGUAGAACUUGUUCUCGAUGGGGAUGUCCUCAUGGAGCAGAAACGACUGCCUGGGGAGAACGAUGUGGGAAUGGUUGCCUGGAAAUUAACACUCUACACCCCAGAGUGCCCCUCUGGACGGGAUGUCAUCCUCAUAGCUAACGACCUGACGUACCUCAUAGGAUCCUUUGGCCCCAGAGAGGAUCUGGUGUUCUUCCUUGCGUCGCAGAAGGCCAGAGAAUUGUCCAUUCCUAGGAUCUACUUCUCUGCGAAUUCUGGAGCGAGGAUCGGACUUGCUGAAGAGGUCAAGGGGCUCUUCAGGGUCGCCUGGGAGGACAACUCAGCCCCGGACAAGGGAUUCAAGUACAUUUAUCUGACACCUGAUGAUUACGCUCGUCUGGCAUCCCUGAAUACUGUUAAGGCCUCGUUAAUCGAGGAUGAGGGGGAAUCAAGGUACAAAAUUACUGAUAUCAUUGGUAUUGAUGAUGGCCUGGGGGUAGAGAAUCUUAAGUACGCGGGAAUGAUUGCUGGGGAGACAUCCAGAGCGUACGACGACAUCGUGACGAUCUCAGUGGCGACGUGCAGGGCUAUUGGAAUUGGAUCCUAUCUUUUGCGUUUGGGUCAGAGAGUCAUUCAGAUCGAAAACUCUGAUAUUAUUCUCACUGGGUACAGGGCACUGAAUGCUGUCCUAGGGCGGGAGGUUUACGCCAGUAAUAAUCAGCUGGGGGGAAUAUCUAUUAUGCAUCACAAUGGUGUCUCCCACGCCACUGCACCUAGAGAUCUUGAUGGAGUGGAGACUGUCCUCAGGUGGAUCAGCAUGGUACCAACAUUCAAAGGGGGACCUCUUCCUAUAAUCCCUCCGGCUGAUCCUAUCGACAGGGAAAUUGUCUACACACCGACCAAAACACCGUAUAAUCCCAGGUUUAUGCUCGAGGGGAAGUUCUCCCCUGAGGGAAAUGUCUGGGAGUCUGGAUUCUUCGAUAGAGGCAGUUGGGAGGAGAUUAUGAGACCUUGGGCUCAGACUGUUGUCACUGGGAGGGCAAGGCUUGGAGGAAUUCCCUGUGGUGUUGUAGCUGUGGAGACCAGGACUGUGGAAUUCCAAUUGCCUGCUGAUCCGGCUAAUCUCGAUUCUGAGGCCAAGAUGGUUUCACAGGCUGGACAGGUGUGGUUCCCUGACAGUGCUUACAAGACAGCUCAGGCUAUCAAGGACUUCUCCAGGGAGGAACUGCCACUAGUGAUUUUUGCCAAUUGGAGGGGAUUCUCUAGUGGGAUGAAGGAUAUGUAUGAACAGGUGAUGAAGUUUGGGGCGUAUAUCGUGGAUGGAUUGAGGGAGUACACAAGACCUGUUUUUGUUUAUAUUCCACCGAAUGGUGAGCUCAGAGGAGGGGCCUGGGCUGUUGUUGAUACGACGAUUAAUCCCAGGUACAUCGAGAUGUUUGCUGAACCCACCAGCAGGGGAGGGGUUUUGGAGCCUGAGGGAAUUGUUGAGAUUAAAUUCAGGAAGAAGGAUAUCAUCAAGGCAAUUCACAGGAAUGACUCAGUGACUCAGGGGCUGAAGGAGAAACUAGCCAAUCCUGGGCUAUCUGGGGAGGAAAAAAAUUCUGUCGAGGCUGAACUCAAGCAGAGAGAGCAGUUCCUUCUUCCCAUGUAUCACCAGGUGGCUGUGCAUUUUUCGGAUUUACAUGAUACGCCUGAGAGAAUGCUCGAGAAAAAUGUUAUUCAGGACAUCGUCCCCUGGAAAAAAUCCAGGAAAAUCCUGUACUGGAGGCUCAGAAGACGACUCCUUGAGGACGAGAUUAAGAGGGAUCUUCUUUCUACUGAACCUAAUCUGGAUUACAGGCAGGUCGAUGCCAUGUUGAGGCGGUGGUUUGUCGAGGAUAAAGGCACCACUGAGUCCUAUCUGUGGGAUCAGGACGAGACUGUUGUCUCUUGGCUGAUAGAGCAAACGAAGAAUGAAAAUAGUGUUGUUACCAGGAAUAUUAAUUGCGUUAAAAGGGAUGCAGUUGUUACUCAUGUGAAGGAGGCUAUUGAGGUCUGUCCUGAGGUACGACUGGAUGCUGCUCUCGAGAUUGUCCAACGACUUCAAUCCUCUGAGAGGACAGAGCUCCUCAAAAAACUUACCCAGCUUGAGUCCGAAGAGGCUGCACAGGAAGUUGAUUAAUGGUAAUUCAGCAUCGAUGAAAAAAUUUAAUAGAAAAACGUAACGAAUUCGUUAAAAAAUUGAAUUUAUAUGGAACUUUAUGAUAAUUUUAUCAGACACUUAUGGCUUUCAUUUUAACAUCUACUGAAUUUUUUAACGAAUUCGUUAGGAUUUCUUGUGAAAUUUCUUCAUCCUUGAGGUCUCGGGUUAAUUCGUCAUUGGGAAUUGAUCGGGGCUUUUGAUGUUUAAUUAACAUUCCGUCUGGAUUGCGAGACAAUUCAUUUCACACCUGCAAUGGGUACCUGGUUAUAGUUGUUAGUGUGUACAUAUGGAAUGAAUUUUGACCUCUGCAAUUGCGUCACCCCCAUUUAUUUAGACAAUUGUAUAUUUAGUAGGUUUUUUAUGUAUUGUAAGUCGAGUGUGAUUUCCGUUGGAUUUUCGAGGGGAUUUUUAAGGAGAGAAAUUCAUGGAUUUCGUAAUUAGGUGCUUAUUUAUGUUUGUGAGCACAAUUUCAUACGUUUAAUAUGGUAGAAUUAAUAUUAAGAACGAAUGAAUUUAUGUAAUCAUGGAAUAAGGGAAUCACUGCCAUGACAAAUAAACACAAGAAUCAUUAUAUUGUUAAAAUA